CGUCAUUUUGCCAACUUUCUCUGCUUCUCCAAACAGAAACACAAGACACACAGAGAGCUCUUGCUUUCCUCUUCCUUUUGUGAAUGAAUAUUUUCAUUCUUGCAGAGCUUUCUCAGGUUUUGAUGAGGAAGAGCUUCUUGUUUAGUUACAGCGGAGGCGCAGAUGAUUGGUGGAAUGAGAUUGGUGGAUCAAAACAAUGGCAAAGUGGCCCAACGUACUAUAUCCUGUCUGCCUCUUAUGCCUUGGUCUCUCUUGUUGCUCUGGUACAACUUGUGCGCAUUCAAUUAAGAGUUCCAGAAUAUGGGUGGACAAUACAAAAGGUUUUCCAUUUGAUGAACUUUCUAGUGAACGGAUUGAGGGCUGUCCUAUUUGGUCUCUACAAGAGUGUUCUUCUUAUUAAGCCUAAGGCUCUUGAAAUGCUGCUUAUGGAUCUUCCUGGUCUUUUAUUUUUUUCCACAUAUACAUUACUUGUCUUAUUUUGGGCUGAGAUCUAUCACCAGGCAAGAAGCCUUCCGACUGAUAAACUUAGGCCUGCUUAUUAUAUUAUAAAUGGAUUUAUAUACUUCACACAGGUGUGCAUCUGGAUUUUCAUAAGAGUAAGCAGAAGUCCCGUUGCCCUAGAAGCUGCUAGAAUCUUCUUUUCAGUUAUUUCAUUCGGUACUGCUUUGGGAUUCUUGAUAUAUGGUGGAAGGUUGUUUAUCAUGCUGAGGCACUUCCCCAUUGAGUCAAGAGGCCGUCAAAAAAAGCUGGAGGAGGUUGGAUGGGUCACAGGCAUUUGCUGCACUUGUUUCUUGAUAAGAUGCUUGGUGCUCGCAGUUUCUGCAUUUGACAAAGAUGCAGAUGUUGAUGUCGUGAAUCAUCCUAUCCUAAACCUUAUUUAUUACAUGUUAGCGGAGAUUGUUCCAUCUGCUUUGGUGCUUUUCAUCCUGCGAAAGGUGCCGCCUAGGCGUGUUUCUGAUCAGUACCAACCCAUAAAAUGAAAGCUCUAUUCAUCUUUUGAGCCUAUUUUGAAACCGAAAUUGUUAGAUGAUUCUGUGCUCUGCUCGAGUUGGAUUUCAUGUAUAUUCUUGGUAUUUCUUUUGUAUAUUUUUCUUUUAACAAUGGGGACAGUACGCUUUCUAGAAUAACAUUUCAAAAUUAUUGAACACGUACACUGCUUCAUUU